UUAUUAAUAUUAAUAUAUUUAUUCUCUUGUGUCCUAAAGAAUGACAAAUGGUGCCUCAAGUAUAUUGAGGAAUGAGACAGACUUGUUUAGUCAGACUGUCUAGUUUUUUACUCUGGCAAGAUUUGUUGUUUUGUAAUUAAUUUCAGAGACCAUACACAUUUAGGAUGUAUGCUUCUUAUCCAUUAGUAUUCCCUUCUAGAAGAGACAAAGUCAUUUGUAGGCAGAGCCCAGCAGAUAUUUAUAUAUGUAUUGUCAGCAGGGAAACCCCAUCAGCCGCUCACUGUUCAUUCAUAAAAAACGAUUAGCUGGUGGAUUUGAGACGCUUCAUUGCUGAAGGUGUAAACAUAUCAAUACUUUCCACCCUCUUCUUUUCAUUAGUUAGCUAUUAAAAGUGCACACGAAUGGAAAUUUCCCUUCAGCAGCUCUAAAAAGCAUCCUAGCUUACAGAUGUAAGUGUAGCCAGCCCUGCGAGCGUGUCUUCAGACGUCAUAGCAGUAAAGUAGCCUUAUUAGUUUUAAAGGAAGGGUUAACUAAUCGCUCUGAAAGGUUCGUGGUCCGGCCCCGUUGUGAAUCAAUGGGACUUGACCUAUAGCUGAAGACUAAUUCAUUCAACAUUCCCCCACCCUGAUGAUUAUAAAUAUCAAGGACAGACUUCACAGUCUUCACUUUUGGUCUUGCCUCUGAGUCUUAACAGCUGAAGAGAACGUCUGACACUAUGAAAGAUUUAAGGACUCUUGCAGCUUACGCACUUGCGCUGUUACUUCUGGCAACAUUUGUGUCCCAUUCCUGGAGUGCACCCAUGGGCAGUUUUCAGCGUCGGAAUUGGACGCCCCAAGCCAUGUUAUACCUGAAGGGCACACAGGGACGGCGCUUUGUGUCAGAAGACCGAAAUGAAGGGGACUUGUAUGACACAAUACGCUUGGAGUCACGCAGCCAAAACACAGAAAACCUGAGCAUCUCUAAAGCGGCUGCAUUUCUCUUAAAUGUUCUCCAGCAAGCCAGAGACGAGGGUGAGCCUUACUGAAACCAGCUCAAAGACCGCCAACAACUCACUCUUUCAUCUGAAUACUUCCAGUUUUGUGAGCCAUGUGGAAUUUAAUGUUUUCAAGUUCAUCCUCCGCUACAGUGAUGCCGGUGUUUGACAUCUCUGAAGGUUCAUCACUCACUGUUCAGCUCUGUUACAGUUAGAUUUGAGUAAUGUAGAGUUCUGUGUUUCUCCAGAUUGUGUGUAUGAUUCCACUUGGACUGAUCAGUGAAAUAACAACUGAUAGUAAGGUUUUUUUUGUUCUUUAUUUCUUUCAGGCGAAAUAAUGGGUUGUUUUUUCAAGACAUAUCAUCUUGGAAAAGCGACUAUUUAUGAUGAUUGAAAUUAUGUGUAAUAUAAAA